AUGAUCUAUUGCAUCCCCAACCCCCAUAACUCAUCGCUGAAUCUAAGUUCUUGGACACUUGGAAGGGUCAUUAAGGUGUAUACAGCUCAAACUGAGAACAGAGACCCCUAUUCUACGGACGGCAGCACCAUCCUGAGCCAGACUUCCGCUUAUAGCACGAAUCCAACAGCUCAGCAUGAAGUCACAAAGGAUUCUUCCUUCCAACGUAAAAAUUUAACGAUGGCCAACCGGGUUUCCCGAACCUCGGGAAAUCCGAAAGGUGAAGGGAGGCGAGAACGGCUGGAUGGAACAGCUGUUCCUUUUCCACUAAGCCAUCGACUGACCAUGAAGGAAGUAUUUGAUUGCGAUGGCAAGCCACGGGUUGAUCUUUUGAAGGCUCAUCUCACCAAGGAGGGAAGAGUAGAAGAAAUUGUAGCACUUCGAAUUAUUAAUGAAGGAGCUUCCAUUCUCCGCCAAGAGAAAACAAUGCUGGAUAUAGAAGCUCCUGUGACAGUUUGUGGAGACAUUCAUGGUCAGUUCUUUGACCUGAUGAAGCUCUUUGAAGUGGGUGGGUCACCAGCCACUACUCGCUACCUCUUUCUGGGAGACUAUGUGGACAGGGGCUACUUCAGUAUUGAGUGCGUUUUAUAUCUGUGGUCGUUGAAAAUCCUAUAUCCAAAGACACUGUUUUUACUCCGUGGAAACCAUGAGUGUAGACAUUUGACAGAAUAUUUCACUUUCAAACAAGAAUGUAAAAUCAAGUAUUCAGAACAGAUAUAUGAUGCAUGUAUGGAAGCUUUUGACUGUCUUCCACUUGCUGCACUGAUGAACCAACAAUUUCUUUGUGUACAUGGAGGUCUUUCCCCUGAAAUACACACCCUGGACGAUAUAAAGAAGUUAGACAGAUAUAAAGAACCACCAGCUUUUGGUCCUAUGUGUGAUCUCUUAUGGUCAGAUCCUUUGGAAGACUUUGGAAAUGAAAAGACACAGGAAUAUUUCAGUCAUAAUACUGUGAGAGGAUGCUCUUAUUUUUAUAGUUAUCCUGCUGUUUGUGAAUUCCUACAGAACAAUAAUUUAUUAUCGGUUAUUCGAGCUCAUGAAGCACAAGAUGCAGGCUAUCGCAUGUACAGGAAGAGCCAAACUACAGGCUUCCCUUCACUUAUCACAAUCUUUUCAGCACCAAAUUACCUUGAUGUUUACAAUAACAAAGGUAAGGAGUUCAACCGUAAAUUAAGAGAGGAGAGUGAGAGUGUUUUAACUUUAAAGGGCCUGACUCCAACCGGUAUGCUGCCCAGUGGAGUGCUCUCUGGAGGCAAACAGACCUUACAAAGCGAACAACCAGCUACUGUUGAGGCUAUUGAGGCCAUUGAGGGUGUUGAAACCCAUGAAGCUAUCCGAGGAUUUACACCUCAGCAUAAAAUCAGUAGUUUUGAAGAAGCAAAAGGCCUGGACCGGAUCAAUGAGAGGAUGCCUCCUCGAAGAGACGCAGUAUCCAAUUCUGGCAGUCUUCAUUCAACUGGGAAAAUGAAUAUGUCAGAGUCUAAUGGGACAGAUGACAACAGCAACAUCCAGUGACCUGCUUAUAAGACUUCAACAGUUCUGCAGUUGUACUGUGUCAACUGUUUGUUGUUCCAGCCUCAUAUUCAAGACAGUGUAUUGCUCAUUGAGAAGCAAACAGUUUGAAUAAAUUUAUAAAAGAAAACACAAACCCCAUAACUUCCACACUGAAAAUUAGUGAUAGAAAGCUGGAAACCUUGGCCAUCUUGUUUAGAGGGACUGCCAUCAGUGCUUAUAGACAAGGUGAGACUAAAUGCAGGUUAUGUAUUGAAGCGUGAUCAGAGGCUGUUCAGUUGUUUACUUGUUUUCCCUAAUGAAAACAAGAGUAGACAUUUACAAAGGUCUCUUAUAAACUUGAGUAAAUUGUUUCACAUUGAUACAUCCAGUGGUGCAUUUGAGAGUAGCACCAAACAUUUCAAAACUGUUAAAAGUAAAAAUGUUUCAUGCAUAAAUAUAGUUAUAUGAUUAAUAUAACUUAAUUUAAGAUAAAAGUUUUGCUACUAGUAUUGAAAUUCUGCAAUUAUAUAAGUCUUAGAAAAACAAAUUUGAAGUUGCAAAAUGUUUUAAAUGCCAAAUACCAGAUAAUUCUGUUUUGUAUAAAGACCCCUGUCCAAUUUCUGCGUAUUUGGAUGCUAUCAGAUCUGUUUGAUGGUAAUCUACUAUCCGAUCAUGUUGCUUGUAACUGGAAUCCAAUUUACUGGUAUUUAUCUUUUUGUUGCUAAGUUCUGACAUAAAAUAACUAGGUUUUGCUUGUCACUUGCCUGUAAUGAACAGUUACAAAUGGCACAGUAUUUUUUGUAAAGUAUUUAACGUGCACCACUAUAGUGCCAGAAUUAGGAAUUUGUACAGCAUCUAUAGAAUGCAACUAUGCA